GCUCGGUCUCUUCCUCCCCUGUCCGUCGGGUCCUGUUGGGUGUGGAUCCUUUGGUUUUUCGGAGCCGUGAGCUUCCCCAUGCACUGCCGCCGGCUUCUUCUCUCUGCAGCUCCGGUUUCCUUGCUUGUAAAUUCUGGUUUUGAUCGUUCUGUCACCGUAGCACUUGGGUUAGCCUUCUGUCCUGUGUGAGUGAGGAAGUGAAACCGAGGACGGGGAAACCGAGGGGAGUGACGAAUUAGAAGGCUAGCCAUUUAAUUGGGGUAUAAGUUUAGAUUUUAUCAUCCUUUUGUAAGGUUGAUUUUAUUCAUGAGAUUUUGUGAUUUGGAUAAGUUCCGAGCCUUGUGCAUUCGUGGGACCCGUUCACGGGU